CCGAAGCGGCCGCGGCGGCGGUUUGUGGUCGUUGGUCCCAGAGACUUGUGACCAACAUCCGAAGACCAAAGGGAGGUCUUAACCUGGGUGCAUGCUUGGAAGCCUAGGAUUCCUCUACCUUGGACUCCCGGGUUUCUGCUCCGAGAUCUUACCCUUAUUGAUUAUUGUGCAUUGGAAAGCUUCUGGAGGGAUAGGAACAACACCAGCUGAUCCUUCUCAACCGUAAUACGAGGGCAGGCAGCCACACACGAAAUUGCAACUAUGAAUGAAGAAAAUCUAGAUGUAACAAAUGGAUGCAGCAAAGUUCGGACUGGUACCCAGAAUGAAGCAGCCUUGUUAGCUUUAAUGGAAAAAACUGGUUACAACAUGGUUCAAGAAAAUGGACAAAGGAAAUUUGGUGGGCCACCACCAGGUUGGGAAGGUCCACCUCCACCUAGAGGGUGUGAAGUUUUUGUAGGAAAGAUCCCUCGUGAUAUGUAUGAAGAUGAAUUAGUUCCUGUUUUUGAAAGAGCUGGAAAGAUAUAUGAAUUCCGACUUAUGAUGGAAUUUAGUGGUGAAAAUCGAGGAUAUGCUUUUGUAAUGUAUACAACUAAAGAAGAAGCCCAAUUAGCCAUUAGAAUUCUUAAUAAUUAUGAGAUUCGUCCAGGGAAAUUUAUUGGUGUGUGUGUAAGUUUGGAUAAUUGCAGAUUAUUUAUUGGAGCUAUUCCCAAAGAAAAGAAAAAAGAAGAAAUACUCGAUGAAAUGAAGAAAGUUACAGAAGGAGUUGUGGAUGUCAUUGUUUAUCCAAGUGCAACUGAUAAGACCAAAAAUCGUGGUUUCGCAUUUGUAGAAUAUGAGUCCCACAGAGCUGCUGCCAUGGCAAGGAGAAAACUUAUUCCAGGAACAUUCCAACUGUGGGGCCAUACUAUACAGGUAGAUUGGGCAGAUCCAGAAAAAGAAGUUGAUGAAGAAACAAUGCAGAGAGUUAAAGUUUUGUAUGUAAGAAAUUUAAUGAUCUCUACCACAGAGGAAACAAUUAAAGCAGAAUUCAACAAAUUCAAACCUGGUGCUGUUGAAAGGGUGAAGAAACUUAGAGAUUAUGCUUUUGUUCAUUUUUUCAACCGAGAAGAUGCAGUGGCUGCCAUGUCUGUUAUGAAUGGAAGAUGUAUUGAUGGAGCAAAUAUUGAAGUAACACUGGCUAAACCAGUAAAUAAAGAAAGCACUUGGAGACAACAUCUUAAUGGUCAGAUUAGCCCAAAUUCUGAAAACCUAUUGGUAUUUGCUAACAAAGAAGAGGGACACCAAAAAACUCUAGGAAAACCACCAAGUCUUCCAGCUCGUCUAAAUGGUCAGCAUAGCCCAGGCCCCCCAGAAAUUGAAAGAUGCACUUAUCCAUUUUUUCCUGGAACAAAGCUUACACCAAUAAGUAUGUAUUCUUUAAAAUCUAAUCACUUCAAUUCUGCAGUAAUGCAUUUGGAUUAUUACUGCAACAAAAAUAAUUGGGCACCACCAGAAUAUUAUUUAUAUUCAACAACAAGUCAAGAUGGAAAAGUACUCUUGGUAUAUAAAAUAGUUAUUCCUGCUAUUGCAAAUGGAUCUCAGAGUUACUUCAUGCCAGACAAACUAUGUACAACGCUAGAAGAUGCAAAGGAAUUGGCAGCCCAGUUUACUUUGCUUCAUUUAGUCUCUUCGUGCUAUCUGAGGGAAGGGCUAACAAGGAGUUCGCAUGGCCAAAAGACAGGGAACACAGUCUCUUCAGCCUGGACCUGUGUAGGAGAAUUUGGAGAAAAUAAAUUAAGAGACUACAAUUUCCGUCGCAGCUCAGUAAAUAGUAUUUCCCCUGUUAGUGCCACCCUCUCUUCUGGGACACCCAGCGUGCUUCCUUAUACGUCAAGGCCUUAUUCUUAUCCAAGCUACCCCUUGUCACCAACAAUAUCGCUUGCUAAUGGCAGCCAUGUUGGACAACGACUAUAUAUCUCCAAUCAGGCCUCAUUCUUCUGAAGAAAAUGUUGUAAACAUUAAUGUAAAAAUUUCUUUGUAAAACUGACAGAUUAAAACACUGUUUUAUUUUUAGAUUGGGUUUGCACAUUUGGUUUGAAAGGAAAAAUGUUUAUUUCAAUAUAGUAACCUUUGAUACAUAUGAAUAUGCAUAUGUUUAUUAAACUUGUCAGAAACAAGUUAAAAAGUUAUUCAAUGGUUUUCCUUGAAUUAGGGUUCAGUAGGCUACUAUUCUUUUUAAACUUUUGGAUUUUAAGUAUUGCCAAUUCCUGAUCUAAGAGUGGGCAGUAGAACCCAGUGGUUUAUGUUAAAUGUUUUUCAAAUAAUUCCUUUGCUGACCAGCAUAUCUUUAAUAUUGUAACACAUGCAGACAGUAGUUAUGUUAGGUUUAGUUACCAAGGAUCACUUACAGUGUUGGAGAUUAAAACAGUUAUUUAACCAGAAGCAUCUAACCAUUAUGUGGCCAGAAAAUGAUGAGGAAAAAAGAUUAAGUAGAUUUUAUUUAGUAGUAAAUAAAAAACAAUUUACUA